ACUGACAGUGGGAAGGGGGUGUGUGUUAUCAUCACUGUAACAUUACCCUUUGCCCCAGUCAGGAAUAGUUUUCCGUGUUCACCGGGAUCACCGGAUCACUAACUGACUGGAAAAUGUCACGGGCUGCGGAGAGACUCAGACUGCUGAUCAAUCAUCUUGAUCGACCACCUGCUGUGAUCGCGGCUGCACCAACUUCUGCCCAAACCUUCACCUACAGUCACCCACACAAGCUGAGAUACACUUUUGAUAACGACCUGCUGACCCCAGAACAGCGACACUUCUAUGAGGAAAAUGGCUUCAUUCUCAUCAAGAAUCUGGUGUCUGAGGAGGACAUCGACAUGUUUAGGAAGGAGUUUGAACGGAUCUGUCGCCAGGAAGUGAAGGUUCCUGGUCUGGUGGUGAUGAGGGAUGUGGCGAUCGUUAAGUCAGAGUUUGUUCCAGAUCAGAAAGCGGUCUCCAAACUCCAGGACUUCCAGGAGGAUCCUGAACUAUUCCGGUACUGCUCCUUACCGCAGAUCCUGAAGUAUGUGGAGUGUUUUACUGGACCCAAUAUCAUGGCCAUGCACACCAUGCUGAUCAACAAACCUCCUGAUGCAGGUAAGAAGACGUCCCGUCACCCGAUGCAUCAGGAUCUGCAUUACUUCCCGUUCCGACCAGCCGACCGGAUUGUCUGCUCUUGGACAGCGAUGGAGAAAGUGACCAGGCAGAACGGCUGCCUGGUCGUGCUGCCGGGAACACACACCAGCACGCUGCAGGAGCACGACUACCCCGAGUGGGAGGGUGGGGUGAACAAGAUGUACCACGGAAUACGUGGAUACAACCCGCAGCACCCCAGGGUGCACCUAGAGAUGGAGAAGGGUGACACGGUCUUCUUCCACCCGCUGCUGAUCCACGGCUCUGGCAUGAACCAGACAAAGGGCUUCCGCAAGGCUAUCUCCUGCCACUAUGCAGGCGCUGACUGUUAUUACAUCAACGUGAAGGGAACCACGCAGGAAAAUAUCGAGAAGGAGGUGCAGGAGAUCGCAGCCAGGAAGUACGCUAUCGGCAGUGAAAUUGCCUUCCAGGAUACCUGGGCUGUCCGAGGUCGUCUCGUGCAAGGAGAGAGGAUUUCACUGUGAGGUCACCAUGGACGUGCUUAAAUCUACGUCUACAUCACUGCUAAUCCCUGAGUUGAAAUGAGAGCAGAUUGAUAUAGUUGCUGGGUAUGAAGCAACAGGUCUUUUACAUUAGCAUAGAAAACAUUUUAGGCUUCCUUUUAAUUGAAGCUGAGUACAGAAAAAAAAGAUCUUGUCAUCUAAUUGUUUGUAUCCUACAAUUUCUAAUUUUCUUUCGUAGUGGAAGAAUGUAAUCUCUAGAUUACUGGGAGCUGGGCUGUGUCUUGCAGGAUAUAUCAAAGAAGAGGAAAAUGUCUGCAGAGAUGAGCAAGUAGUAGUAUUUUAGAAAUAUAAUAUAGAGCGUGUUGUUCUCACCAACAACAUAAAGACAGGAACUGUUAUUUAACUAGAAAACAUCAGUUAUCUCACCUCCUGCUACUUGCUUUACAGCAUUUUACAGGGCAAAAUGCAGUUGAAAUAACACCAAAACCUUAACAGAAAGGGAUGUUAGCCGCACAGAUAGACAGGCUUGAAAAAGAUGAUUUGUGGCAUGUUAAUUAGGACAAAAAUGAGUAUUUUUAUAGAGUGAGUGAGUGAGAGAGAGAGAGAGAGAGGCAGAGUGAGAAGAGAGAUUUUAAUGAAAGUGAUAUUUAAGCAGAAAUGUAGAAAUCACCUGGGUUGACUGUGGUACUUGUCAAUAAACACUAACAGAGGCCUUGAGUUUAUAUUGCCUUAUAAAUUUGUCAAAGUGUUAAUUUUCUUGUGUCUGUUGAUAUGAUUUUAACUGUUUGAUGAUGAGUGAAUGGAUGCUGUUUUAGGAUCUUGUUCUGAUCAGUUUAAUAGCAAUAAACUCAGAAAUGACUUGUAUAAUAAUGA